AUGAGUGUGGAGGAGAUUGAUAUAGAUUUUCUCAUCUCCUUGGUGCAAGAAAGGCCGAUCAUAUGGGAUAAAGGCCAUGAACAUUACAAUGAUAAAUUUCGGAAAGCAAAUGAAUGGGUUUCAGUGUGUAAACAUUUAUAUGCAGAUUACGAAGAAUUUGAUGAUACAAAAAAGAACAAAAUUGGUGAGCUAAGUACAUGUUAUAGUUAUAAGUUAAUACGUAUUAAAUAUUGA